CAGCUGUGUUUUCUACGUGAGAUGAAGAAAAGAAGAAGAUAAAGAUGUUGAGAGUCGGAUCAAUUCUGGGCCUGUUGGUCCUAAUGUCAGUCACGAGAAUGGUCGUUUCGAAUCGCUGCCUGACAAUGCUCGAAGAAAUUAAUCCAAAGAGACCGGUGAACUUGGACGGUCAACCGGUCAGCAUAAACUUCGAGAUCUCCCGCAGGGUGUCACAAAGGCUGUCCUCAUUCAUUAUGAAGAUCUUCUUAACGGAGGUGUUGGGCUACGCGGGAGUGAACGUUGUCGAGAUCGACGACAAGUUUAACCUACGGGAUAUCUUCGACAGACUGACCAACGUAACAUACGCCGCCAUAGUCCGGGAAGAGGGAGAAAUAUUCACCCAGCCAAUGGUGAACAUGGAGGUUUGGAUCCCGCCACAGGUCGAUCCUAUGCCUCUGUUGGCUGUAUUCGACGUGAGGGACUCAGGAUCCAUUGCUCCACCGGGACACUUUGGUUGGUUCGUACCUGAAGCGUUCUCCAGGCCAGGUGAAAGCUGGGUGACGUUCACCAGGCCAGAAACAGCGUUACGUUUCGACGUGGACGAGGCCACUCUGUCCAUGAUCAGGAACCACACCAUCGACCCUAUCACCAGGACCCAUUACUGCAACAAUACCUUCUGUCAGCAGGGAAUGUACAUUCCUAAACAAUGCCAAGGUCAACAGCCCUGCGCACUGCUGCUGACCAGUCAUCCAGAUGUCACGGACUUCGUGCAGAACGACAUCGAGAAGAUGAAGUUGUACGUGAAAGUCGCCUGGGUUGGACCCAACCUGAAACACCUGACCGAGACUUUGACCAAAGAAUACUUGCGCCGUGCACGCAACACACCUGACAGCAGGUCCCUGGUGUUCCUCCAUUGGACACCAAGCAGCAUCAUACCAAACGAGAAACGAUUCGUCUCGAUCGAUUUCCCGCGUUGCGGUACCCUGCCCUCGGAGGUCAGCUGCAGCUACGAGUCGAAUCGGCUGACCAAACUGGUCUGGUUGAAGCUCGAGUACAUCGCGAAGUCGGCGUUCGAGAUAAUCAACGAGGCUACGUUUACUGGCGAGAUGUACGAGGAGCUGAUCGAACGUUACAACAGACUCCAUGGAAAGAUUGGGGAGGAGGAGAUCGCCUGCGGUUGGCUAAGGGACAAUUUGAACUUUACCCUGGAGAACUGGAUGCCAAGCUACUCCAGCAAGAGUCUGCUCUACGUGGGCGGUAUAUUCCCGAUGAGUGAAACCUUCUAUUCAGGGAAAUCGAUCCUAGUUGCUGCUACCAUGGCCAAGAACGCGAUCAACGUGAACAAAACGGUCCUGACCGACUACAACUUGACCCUACUGGCUAACAACGGCCAGUGCAAGUCGGGCACCGUGAUGAAGUCCUUCAUCGAUUACAUCGUGAACAAUUAUUAUGAGAAACUGGUCGGUGUUUUGGGACCAGCUUGCUCGGACACCGUGGAGCCUCUGGUCGGCGUCUCGAAGCACUACAAGACCGUGGUGAUCAGCUACAGCGCUGAAGGAUCUAGCUUCAAUGAUCGAACCAAGUACCCGUAUUUCUUUCGGACCAUCGGUGAAAACAAGCAGUAUCAGCAUGUUUAUCUGCAGUUGCUGAAGAAAUUCGGCUGGCUACGGGUGGCCUCGUUGACAGAGGACGGACAGAAGUACACCGAGUAUAUAUCCUACAUGCAGGAUCUGUUCAGAGAUGAGGGGAUCGCUUUCGUCGCGAACGUCAAGUUUCCUAGGGAACGGGAGACCGACGUGAUGAUUAAGUAUCUGCAAGAUCUGAAGCAGAAGAAGGCGAAGAUCAUCAUCGCCGAUGUGAACGAUCAGGUUGCCCGGCAAGCGAUGUGCGAGGCGUAUAGGCUGCAGAUGACUGCCUUUCAGGGUUAUGUGUGGUUCUUGCCACUCUGGCUCCGUCCCCAAUGGUACGAUACCGAUCACUAUAACCAGCAGGGCGAGAAAGUACCGUGCACCACGUUCGAGAUGAGCAAGGCCAUCAACGGCCAUCUUGGUAUCUCUCACGCACACUUCGCACCCGACGACGCCAUCAUGCAAGAGGGCAUAACCGUUCGUGAAUGGCGCGAUCGUUACGAGACGUUAUGCAAGACUUAUCAUCAACCACCCUCGAAUUACGCUGGUUACGCGUACGACGCGAUGUGGACGUACGCCUACGCGAUGGAUCGAUUGAUCAAGGAGAAGAAGACCUAUGUUUUCGACCUUCAUAGCGAUCAGACCACCGAUCGACUGACGGACAUCAUUGGCCAGACGGAUUUCUAUGGGGUGUCGGGGAGAAUCAAUUUCUUGGGCGGUCCGUCGAGAUACUCGGUGAUCGACGUCGUCCAAUACAUCAACAACGAAACCCGAUUGGUCGGCAAUUUUCAACCCAACAUCUCCGAACACGAGGUAGUGGGUGGCACAUUGGAGUUGAAUGCCUCUGCCCUCGUUUGGUUGUCGCAGACAAUGCCGGACGACGGCUCGGAACUACCCCAAAGAUGCGUCAUAGCCGGCUUCGCAGAUUUCCUGAACGUUUCCUGCGAAGUUGCCUUCGUGAUCGUCAAUAUUUUCGGUAUCGGUUUGUUGGGAGUGAUACUGAUCAUUGGCUUCAUCAUCAUCAAGAGAAAGUACGAAGAAAAAGUGAAACAACACGAGAAGUACAUCAAGUCCCUGGGUUUGGACUUCUCCCAGGUGGAUAGUCCCGAUUUAGACAAAUGGGAGAUUCCUCGAGAUAAUGUGGUGAUCAAUCGUAUAUUAGGCGAGGGUGCUUUCGGUACAGUUUAUGGUGGCGAGGCGAUGUUCCCUGAGAAAGGUUGGCUAGCCGUGGCAGUGAAAACCUUGAAGGUUGGGAGUUCCACCGAUGAGAAAUUGGACUUCCUGAGCGAGGUGGAGGUGAUGAAGAGAUUCGAGCAUAAGAACAUCAUCAAACUGUUGGGCGUCUGCAUAAAGGGCGAGCCUGUGCUAACUGUGAUGGAGUUCAUGCUCUACGGCGACUUGAAGACUUACCUGCUCGCUAGAAGACACCUGGUGAACGAUCACAAUUACGAAGAUUCCGAUGAGAUUUCGAACAAGAAGCUGACCGCAAUGGCGCUGGAUGUGGCUAGAGCACUCAGCUACUUGGCGCAAUUGAAAUACGUUCAUAGGGAUGUUGCCUCCCGGAAUUGCUUGGUGAACGCCCUACGUACAGUGAAACUUGGGGACUUUGGUAUGACGAGACCUAUGUACGAGAAUGAUUAUUAUAGGUUUAAUCGUAAAGGAAUGCUGCCAGUAAGAUGGAUGGCACCAGAAUCCUUAGGUCUCGGAGUCUUCACUCCAGCCUCGGAUGUCUGGUCCUACGGUGUCCUACUCUACGAGAUUAUCACAUUCGGAAGCUUUCCGUUCCAGGGAAUGAGCAACAAUGAAGUACUGACUCAUGUCAAGGCUGGAAACUCACUGGCCGUCCCUAAAGGCGUGAAGCCACAGCUAGAGAACUUGAUGUAUUCUUGCUGGAAGACAGACCACACGAAGAGGCCAACAGCUCCAGAGAUCGUUGAGAUCCUAGCUACGAGUCCACGAAUAUUAUCGCCCUGUUUGGACGUUCCCCUAGCCAGCGUACAAAUAGAUCAUACUGGCCAGUUCGAGAUGCAUCUGACCGAGAACAUCCGGAAGUUCUCUUUGUCUUGGCCACCCCAGCACCGGAAUCAUUCGUCCACAUCAGCGUCCAGUCCCACGGAAAUCCCAAGUCCUCUCCUGUUAGACAUAAACUGCCAAGAUGACAAGAACAGGGAGUCUCUGUUAGGGGACGAGGUCUUCGAUCUGGAGAGCUCCAGACCCCUGUUGCCCACUUUAAGUGAACCGUCCGCGGGUCCAGCUAUCAGUCUUCAGAAUUUCAAACGAAACGACGACGAGACACCCAGGUACGUGAACAUCCAGCCGGGAAUGACGACCGAGCACCCCAGAGGGAGCCGUAGCACCGGGACCAUUCAGGUAGAGGAGGCGAGCGUCAUGCUACCGAAGAAUAGAAACAGCGAGGACGUCUCGAUUCUUUGACAGCAGAGGCGACGGGUGAUUUCGAGGCAGAAAUCGAUGGUGUACCUACGGAGGCGCGCUGAAGGCAUAUUUGGAAAAUAUGCGAAACGGUCGUACAGGAAGACCAGCGUGUAGUCUAUCCAGCUGUUCUGUA